GUAGCUGGAGAAAAGAGAGACAUGUUGUUAGAGGCUGGCAGGGCCGCGGAACAGCACGUACUAACGGGGUAACAGACACCCUUUCGGAGAUGGGCUACUUUGCCCAAAGAGGAAGGAGACGAUUUUGAACUGCGUAUCUACAGCCUGGGCUCGGUGGGGUUUUUGUGGACGCUCAUAUGCAGGACUUAUUUAAUGUUUAAAAUGUGGGAGAUGGUGUCGUUACCGAGAGGGAGCUCUCCCUUCCUGUCGUCUAGGACAAGAUGGCAGCAAUGCAGGCGAACUGUACAUGGUAUGGAUUUAUAAGUCCAUAACAUGUUCAGAGAAGAUUAUACUUAUAGUGACUCUAUGUGAAGGUAUGGCCUCACAAGUCUUGGUCUACCCACCACACAUUUAUCAAACCCAGACAAGUGCCUUUAGCAGUGUGAAGAAACUCAAAGUCGAGCCCAGCAGCUGUUUGUACCAUGAGAGGGCACACCCGCGGACUUAUCUGAACAGCAGAACCCUUGGAAUUGUGCACCCAACAAAACAAGCCCACUCAUUUGUGAGCCGAGACGUGGCCGUGGGCGUGAAAGUGCGUGGAGGACAAGAGUACCCAGUGCAGACGGUGGUUGUGCGUGGCGUACAGAGACAUCAGCCCGGUAAAAGAGGAGGAGUAUCAGCAGGCCCAGCUGCGGCCCAGCAGGGACAGGACGCAGGGUUUGUCCACUUGCAGGGCAAGGAGCAGCAGCAGACAGACACAGCAAGUGGGGGCAGCAGUGGAGCAACAAGAGCAGGAGGAGGGGGAAGGGGAGAGGGCUGCUGUGGAGGAGGGGAAGGAGUUGAGGAGGAGGGGAACAGCGAAGAGAACUGUGGAGGUUUUAACUCAGCUGACAGCUCUCAGCGAUGUGGGCUGAAACGUAAAAGUGAAGAGCUGGAUAACCGAGGGAGCACCAUGCAGAUUGUCGAGGAACUGUCAAUGUUGCCUGCCAUGUUGCAAACUACGAAUGUGGGGAAUGCAGCCAUGACCGCACCUGCGGCGGUGGGGGCUGGAGGGGGUCCUUCCAAACAGGGUGUAGGUGCAGCAGGAGGGGCGGGAGCAGGGGAUGGGGACUAUCAGGUAGUACAGCAUGAAGUUCUGUGUUCCAUGAAGAAUACUUAUGAAGUGCUGGAUUUCUUGGGACGCGGCACAUUUGGUCAGGUUGUAAAGUGCUGGAAGAGGGGCACGGGAGAGGUAGUGGCUGUGAAGAUCCUGAAGAACCACCCCUCAUAUGCAAGGCAGGGUCAAAUAGAAGUGGGCAUCCUAGCUCGUCUGAGUGGGGAGAAUGCAGAUGAGCACAACCUUGUGCGGGCCUUUGAAUGCUUCCAGCACCGAAGCCACACUUGUCUGGUGUUUGAGAUGCUGGAGCAGAACCUGUAUGAUUUCCUGAAGCAGAAUAAGUUCAGCCCGCUGCCCCUGAAAGUGAUCAGACCAGUGCUACAGCAAGUAGCCACAGCUCUAAAAAAGCUGAAGAGUAUGGGUCUGAUUCAUGCAGACCUCAAGCCUGAGAACAUAAUGCUGGUGGACCCAGUGAGGCAGCCCUACAGGGUUAAGGUGAUUGACUUUGGCUCAGCCAGUCAUGUGUCCAAAGCAGUGUGCUCCACGUACCUCCAGUCUCGGUACUAUAGGGCUCCAGAGAUCAUUUUGGGAUUGCCGUUUUGUGAAGCCAUAGACAUGUGGUCCCUGGGCUGUGUGAUAGCUGAACUUUUUCUGGGCUGGCCCCUUUAUCCGGGGGCCCUGGAGUACGACCAGAUUCGAUACAUUUCUCAGACACAGGGUUUGCCAGGAGAACAUUUGUUGAAUACGGGGACAAAGACUGCACGUUUUUUUUGCAAAGAGUCUGACUCACCUUAUGCAGCAUGGAGACUCAAGUCAACAGAUGAGCAUGAGACGGAGACAGGAAUGAAGUCAAAGGAAGCCAGGAAGUACAUCUUCAGCUGUUUGGAUGACAUAGCGCACGUGAACUUGGUGAUGAAUCUGGAAGGUAGUGACAUGCUAGUGGAGAAGGCUGACCGCAGAGAGUUUGUGGGCCUGCUGAAGAAGAUGCUGUUGAUUGAUGCAGAAGAGAGGAUCGCCCCCGCCGAAGCGCUCAGCCACCCGUUUGUGACAAUGCAGCACCUGCUUGACUUUCCCCAUAGCAACCAUGUUAAGUCGUGUUUCCACAUCAUGGAUGUUUGCUGGAGUCGUCCCAGUGCUUAUGAGGCGGCCAACAGAAAUAAAGGUCCUUUCGUCAGACCAGUGAACACAACCGCUGCUGCCUCUGUCAACCAUCCAUUCAGCAAGAUCGCAGGUGUCCAUGCUCAAGGGUUAGCUCCAUCAGCCCCCUCAGUGAUGCACCCUGGGAUACCACUUCAGACUGGAAGUGGUCAGUUUGGAUGCAGUGAUUCAUUUCAGCAAGCUCUCAUUUUAUGUCCUCCCACCCUUCAAGGAAUCCCAACCAACACAGCGAAACCAGCUGGCUACUCUGUUCGCAUGGAGGCCUCUGUGCCUCUGGUUACUCAAGCACCACCCAUUCAGCCCUUACAAAUACGACCUGGCGUCAUAACACAGGCCUGGUCUAACCGUGCACAGCAGAUUUUGGUGCCCACUUGGCAGCAGGUGACAUCAGUGCCCCCACCACCUACCACUUUGGCAUCUGACACUGUGGCCGGCUCACAGAGAUUGGGUGACUGGGGGAAAGUGCGUCCCCAUGGUAACCAUUACAGCUCCAUGAUUGCACAUCCUCAGCCAUUCUUAACCAACCAAAUGACCAUGUCCGCCCACCAGCCAAUCAACAUCGGCAUCGCACAUGUGGUGUGGCCACAGCCUGCUGCCAACAAGAGAGCCAAGCCUUGUGUUAACAGGGGCAGCAACUUCUCCCAAAACACAAAUAUCCAAAAUUUAGCAUGCCAGUCCCCAAAGAUGGCCGAUACAGCAAAGAAUGUCCAGGAGGUCGAGGAGGAAGCAGCCAGAUGCCCAAAGGAGGGGCAGACUGCAGGAGAGGCGCAAAGAACAGAGCAGCCGGAUGAAAACUGCUGUAAAGUGGCUCCAGCGUGUGAGGAGAUUUCAGUUUCACAGGAGCAGCGUCAGGCCAUGGUGAUCUCUGUUAGCAGCCCAACUGUGAGUGUCAUCAGUAUCAGCAGCGAUGAAGAGGAAGGAACCCAGAGACACUCGAUGGGGGAGUGUAAGGGAAGUGCAGACUGUGAGGCGUGUCAGAGCACAGUCAGCAUGGAGAGAGUCUGUUCCCUCAGCAGUCCAGACAGCACGUUAAGCACCAGCUCCUCAGCCUCGGCCCAGUCCAGCACCUCACCCUGCAAACACCCCAACAGUAUGUCGGACGACGAACAGGAGAGCGGUUGUGACACAGUGGACAGCUCGCCUGCCUCAGACGCCUCUGGCCCUAGCAACAGUCCCUUCACAGAGAGGCGCUUCAUCGCUGACACCAACCAGAACUGCGAGCCCCGUGUGGCGUGCGUUGCCCCGGAGACGGAGCCCAGCAAGCCAACAGUUCGUACUGUUGUGGUGCCUCCAAUGAGGGUGCAGAACAGCAACAACAACAACCCUACUGUCGGGGAAAUGCCUGGUAACUCAGUGUUAGAGUAUGCGUGCCAUACCAGAGGGCGAGGCAUCCCUGGGCGACAACACCACCUCUCCACUCCCCUCCUCAACAGGCCGCAGAAGAUCCCACCUGCAUUCCAGCCCCAGCAGCAGCAGCCAAUGGGCUUUGGGCAGGUGCAGCAUUUCGGUUCCUGCCAUCAGGAAUGGAACGGCAACUUCGCCCACCGGAGACCACAGGCCUAUAUCCCUCCCACCAUGCAUGGCCACACAUUCGCCCUGUCCCACAGCAGCCCAAACCACAACACAGGCCCCCACCCUCACCUUGGGGGCCACCCGCAUUCACAGCCCACCUUACUGUCCUACCCCCCGUCUGGUCCCCUGGUCACGGCAGCACCCGUGGCCCACCUCCUGGCUUCCCCCGUCGCCUCCCGCCCCGUCCUCCAGCCCACCUACAGCAUCUCCCACCCGGCAGGCAUUGUGCAUCAGGUCACAGUGGGCAUCAACCCCCGGCUGCUGCCUUCGCCCACCCUGCACCCCCAGGGCCAAUUCAAGCCCCUCUUUCCCCCGCACUCCUACAUCGCCUCGCCUGCCUACGCCAGUUUCCCUCUCAGCCCCACCAAAAUAAACCAGUACCCUUACAUCUGAGCAAGACUGCCCAAGCUCCCUUCAAACCACCUGAGGGCUAAGCGAGCAGGGCGAAUUCUGUCUAAAACCACAAACAACAUGGUUUUCAUUUCCAAAACCAUGGCACAACCACAGAGAAAGCAAGCUAUUUUUUGAAUCAUGUAGACUUGGGUGUAAUUGAACUUCAAGCUUUAAAAAAUCAAAAAAAAGUUCCAAUGGUGGAGAUGAUUUGGGUAAAAAUUAAGAAGGAAAAAGUGUAUGAGUGAUUGAAUGAAAGAAUGAAUGAGUAGUUAAACUCACACUUAAUGUGUUUUGCACAUUUGAUAUAUCUUUGCAUUGGAUCUUCUACGAAUACUCCUCAAAACAGGUAAAUAAUUGGGGUGGUGUUGAAUAGUUAGACUUUGCACCCCUUGGUCCCAGCUAUUUUUCUAUAUUGCCUUCUUACGUGUGCAAGACACAUCCAUAUUUGUAAAGCCAUCCCAGUCUCUAGCUCUAGAUUGACAGAUGCACACGUUGUCCACAGUGUAUGUUGUACUGCGUUUGAAGUAUUUGUACCUUUUCGGUGUCUUUUGGUGUUAGCAAUGUCAAGUCAAUUAACCGAUCUAAAUAGGGUUGUUCCUCACGCUGCAUGUGGUCUUGCAUGAGCAAAAAAAUGUAAAACGGAAAGAUGCAUAGACGUUGCUCUUGUUGUUCGUGUCACAAGACUCGCUGCAUUGUAUUACUGUCCCCAGCCAUAGUGCCUUACAUAUUUGAGGUUGUUAAUGUUACUACUUAUAUAUGACUAUAUACAUGAAUAUUAAUGUACUGGACUGCAGCACUUGAAAUUCCAAUCAGUUGAUGCAUCCUAUGUGUGAGUAUAUAUAUGCACAUGUGUAUAUGUCCAUGCAUAGCCUGCAUUGAUGUGAUGUACCGCAAAUAGCGGUGCUUAUAUUUUGGAGUUGGUGUAAAUUUCAGUGUGUAGUGAGUUACUUUUCUGUUCUUUUAAAGAACAGCAUGCUUUGCUGUUGCGAAUGCUUACUGUUUCAUGAAAUACGUUUUGUUUUUUUCUGUUCUCCCCUUCCCCCGAAUGACUAGUGUACAAAGUGCAAGUACUGAGUAUUGCUUAAUAUUUGAUAAUCACUUUCUAUUUAGUGAAACUCUUAUUACAAACAGCAUUUUGACUGUUUGACAAAACUGCAAUACAAUCUAAAUAGUCGUUGAUUCUUCUUUUCUUUUCUCGUCUUCGUAUUUUUCAUUUUUCUUUUUGAGUGUUUUCACUUUGUUUCUUAGAUGUUUAGAAGUGUGGUGGGCAUGGCUUUGAAUAGGUAAGGAAACAUUGCAAAUUAAUUCACGGUAUGGAAUUUUCUUAGCCUGAGCAAACCAUGCAGUAUUUGAUAUACACACAUAUAUGGACAUAUAUUAUAGAGCUAGACUAUUUAGUACAGAUGCUUGAUAAGGUGUGAGUUAAUUGUGUGCAAUUCUCUCAUUUAUGCAUGUGUGACAAAGUUAACUUUUCCCUUUACAUUAUACCAUUUGUUAAAGGCUUAAGGCUUAGCGCUGUCGACUGCUUAUUUUAUACAUUCCGUCAGGGAGGAUAUAUACAUAUAUAUACAUUUUAUAUAUAUAUAUAUAUAUAUAUGAUGGUAGCACCAGUCUCUCUCUCUCUAUAUAUAUAUAUAUAUAUACUUAUACAUAUAUAUGUAGAUAUGUUGUGUGUGUGCAUUUUUUUGUUCAUUUACUAGUUACGUGUGUAAUUUUUUUCGUCUUUUAUUUUCAAAUGAAGUUGCUUGUGCAGCACCAAAGACUGUAAUUCAUUUCCUGAGCAAGGUAGCUAUUCUGUUUGCAUAGACCUCAGUUAUACUGUAGUCAUAGAAUGGGGUUGAAUUAAAACAAUUCAAAAAAAAAAAAAAAGUAUUUAAAAGAAGAAAAAAAAAAACAGCCGAGGUUUUGUCUAGCUUAUUGGGCAAUUAAUAAGUCGUAUCAUUUCUUCUUGAAUGUAUCAUAGAUAAGCUGCUAUAUGAUGAUUGCCACUUCAAUAGCUGUGAAAUUAGGUGAUUUCUCUGAGUUCAAACCUAGCGUUGCUAUUUUUGUAUAGGUCCCUAAUUAUCUGAAAUAGAAGUGGUUUUAAUUUGUGUUUUUGCGUUCAUAUUUGGAGUGUCAUUGUAACUACUGUAUUGCUGAUGAUGAACAUUAGUUGCAUUUGUGUUUUCUCGGGGUGUGUUUUUUUGCAUCAGUAUUUUAUCCUUAUUAACCUUUCGGGCUCAUCACUGCAUAUAAAUGAUGUAUCGAUGUAACUUAAUUUUUGUAUGUUUUCAUAUGGACGUUUUGUACACAUCUAAAGCUGUAGCUUGCAGGAUGAUUUAACUUUUUCAUUGUGCGCAAACGGUAAAAUAGCAGUACUCUAUUACGUGUGUUGCAGGAGCACUGUGAGAUGCCAGGAGAAAAAAAAAAAUCCAUUGCGUUGAUUGGAGAGCGUCUGUAAUGUUUCCACCAAUCACACACAAACACGCUCAGCACUAAGCUCUCAUACAGGUAGUGAGGCUUGUAAAGGGUUCAGCUGAUUACAGCCUGUGUGUCCAAAAAGAAAAGAAGCCCAAUGUUUCUGUUCCAAGGUAAUGUUUUCAAAAGUUGUUUUCACUUUCAAUUGAUUUUAAUUUGAAAUACAUUUAUUGCAGCCUUUUUACCUGUUCAAUGUUAUAUCUGGCUGGAAUAUCCGUUUCACAGUUUGAUAUUCUGAACUGCCUUGUGUUCGGAUCGCUCUCCCCUUUAUGAGUGUCUCAUAUCAAAAUGUUUUGUCAGUGCAAAAGUGUGGCCAUUGUUAUGUGUUCCUUACUGAAAUUGAGACAGUGUGAGCAGCACUGUGUAUGUGCCUUGAGAUUCAGAAAGUUAGAAUUCAUGAUGGUGAUACCUCUCCGCUAAUUCAUGGAGGAAGUCACAGAAUCCAGUAAAGCAGAUAGCCUAACAGCCACCAAACAGGAAUACUACAAAAGGACGUCAUGUUCUCCCUUCUGUGAUGACAAACCAAUAAUACAUUAGAUACGCUUUGAAUGAUAUGACACUUGACGAUCUCUAGAUAGUCUCUCUGGCUGAACAGCAGAUGCAAUACUUAACAUUGUGCGGUCAUUGCACCACCAAGUGUUCUUAGAUCAUCUCCAUGCUUUUGCAUUACCUUGCAUGCACACCUAAGUUGCUUCACUGUGUCUUGCCUGGAAGCUGUCUUCUCAGAGCAGCUUUUUCAUCGUGCAAGUUAAGAAUUAGCGGGGGCAGUCAGAGCACAGAUGACGCUGGCCUUUUAAAAUCCAAAGAGCCGUGCUUUGAAUCCAGGAGAUAGUCUGUGUGGACGUUACUUCUGUGCUCUGGAUGUGAACCGCUCCGUCAAGGAGAUUAUUGUGGUCGGUCAUGGGUGCAAUACUCCACAUUUAAACACUGACAUGGAUAUGGCUGUGUUUUCUAAAAAGCUUUUUUUUUUAUCUUCUUCUUACCUGUAUGCUUUUACUGCUAAUACUCGAGCAUCAUUUUGGUAAAGGAAGCUUAUGAUAACAAGGCAUGCACUUGGCAGAUUAGUGCUUGAAACAGUUCCCCCACUAAUAAGCAUGUGAAGUGUAAUUCUGUGUUUUGAUUCCUCCAAAGGUAUUCACCAGCAAUGCGCCUGCAUAAACUCUCCUAUACAUGUUAGGAAAAGAAUGGAUGCAAGAGGAGAGAAAUCUUAAAAACUGUUUUUAAUUUUCCACAUGAUUGACUUUUUUUGGUUUAUGGAUUUUUUCUUUAUUUGAUUUAUUUUGAUUUGAGGGUUCAUGUAACAUUUAACAGAUAAAUCAUUGGUUUGUAAACGUUCUUUUAAAGUGAAGGCUUUGAUAUCGGAGAGAAAAACAAAUCCUCUGCUAAGGUAUUAUCCUUUAGAGAUGUUAAUUCAGGGUCUGUAUUAGUCUAAACCUUCUAAUGUGUUGCUCUUUGAUUUGAUGAGGUUUGUUCUACUCAAGCUCUUAUUUUCUGGUCGUCUGUAUCAAUUUCAGAGUUAAUUCACACUGCAAGUUAUGGAAUCACCUGUUUCGAUUGCUCAUCAAAUGGACUUGAUCAUGAAAUCUGAACUGUUACUGUUUUAAUACCUGUAGAUUUUUCGUGGCUUUGUUUUCUUCCGUUUGUUCGUUUUCUGUUUUAUUUGCUUUUUUAUUUCGUGCUACACUAGUUUGCCAUGUAGCAAUUGCACUGUGCAAUAUUUACAGUAUGAGGACUGGGAAAACUAACUCUAUGGAUGUGAUGUCUAUUUACAGUUUGCGAUAGUGUUUCCUCUCUAGUUCUCAGUGAUUUAGGUGUGACCAAGCCUUCUCUACUUUGUCACAUUAAGCGGGUUUUCCAGGUGACUCUUUUGGUGAGUGUCAAAAUAAGACUUUAUGGUGUAUUAUUGUUAAGAUUCACUUUGAAUUAAAAAAAAUCUAUUGGAGCGGCU